AUGGUCUACGAAUUUACAACUGACGAUGAUGAACUUGAGGGAAAGACGGCCGAGCAGGGAACGAUGUGCGAGUUUUACAAGCUCAGUUUACCGCCGACUGCUUCGAUUUUGAGUAGGCAAAUCGCAAAAUCACAAGCUAAGCGAGCUGAGAAGGAAGAACGUCGACGUCGGCGUGUCGAUCUCUCGACUGUGCGCGAAAUCGAUGAAUCCCGCCAAUCGGCUUCUGAAGAGCAAUCGAUGACGUCGCCACCUCCUCCGCCACCUUCUGAAAACGUGGAUCCCCAAGAAAUCAAUAAAGCACGUUCUGUUGGGCGUUCGCGAAUUGAUCAUGAAUCUGCCGAAAUUCAACAGAGACGACUGUCGUCGUAUUCAGAGGAAGGACGACGCAAAAAUGAGCCCAUGGAUUUGGAAGAAGCCCAACUUCUAGUGAUGCUCUUGAGCAGCUGUGAUAAAGAGCAAAUCCGAAAAUUGUCUGCGCCAGUGACAAAUAGUCAAAUGGUCUCGCCGGGAUUACCAAAUAUGAUGCCGAACGUUAAAGUUUCGGAAUGGCUACUUGAACGAUCUGCCUCGCCUGAUAAACUAUCCGUUGGGACUUCUGCUAUAUUGGACGACGCUGUUGCACUGGAUGACGAAGAUGAAGUGUUUUUUGAUGCUGUUGACGAGGAGACACCAAAGGAUGAAACAGAACAGAUUUGAAUGUCUCUGAACCGAAACAUGACCCAAUCUUUAGUUCGUGUAGAAGAAGAAACCUCUGAUUUUGUUGAUGGAGGGCGUCAAAAGACAGCUAGAAGCACUUCUGUGAGUCCAAGGCCACUGGAUGAAAGAGGAUUGCCUAAUGGUAUUGCUAAUAAUACGCUUCAGAGAACACUUGGAAGAUCGAAUAAAUUAUCUCUACUUGCCACAAAUGGAAAUCUUCAACCAUUGACGAGUACACCGGUCUCGUCGCGAACAGCUCGUUCCGUUUUACGAGUAAACAAUGUGAAUGCGCAACACAUUCCCAAAUCUACUACUAUCAAUUCGCUGGCCAACAAGACUCCUACUAACUUAUCAUUUACGACGCCGGCGAAACGCACGAGCUACUCAGUGGCAUCGGUUUUAAGAAAGCCGGAACCAGUUCACGAUAAGAAAGAAUUGCCCAAUGAGGCGGUUCACAUCUCAUCGGCCGUUUCGAAUCCGGGAUCGAUUAAUUCGGAACGCGCCGCGGCGGCGCAGAAGACAUCAAAUCUCGAAGGAUUGCAAAGUUUGAUUCAUAUGCAGGAAGAAGCUCUAAAACGAGCUGCACUUAAUAAUUUGGCGCAAAAUGGCGAGAGACGGGAUAUCGAUGAGAUGAAACAGUCAACUUCGACUCAUUCUUCAGCUGGCUCUCUUUCGUCAAGUCGAUCUGUCGACGGUUCGCAUGCACUUAAUAAAAUCGCGAAUGGAGUUACUAAAAUUCCUACACCGAGAUCCCGACUACCAACACCUCGAAUUUUACCGAAAAAAGUAACUUCCGUGGCCGCCGCCUUGCGUUUCUCGACACCGAAGCCGCAGCAUGCCAGCGAUAAUGGUCGCAAUUCGGCGGCAAGUCAAGCUGAAGCUGAUGAGUGUUUCUGA